ACCAAAAUAUAUUGGAGGGUGAAACCAUAGCAGAGCCGAGGAGGAAAUGAAAUCAAAGAAGCACUUACUUAUCAGUUGAUCUUGUUGAGAGAGGGAUAAAUGCGUGCUGUGGGAGUGGGAGAGUCGCGCCUUCUAAUACGUUUUAAAUGAGGUAGUGCGGAUAACGGGGUCUCCGCUGUUUGUGUGUGCGCACGCGAGUGCCCUUGUGGGAGGGCCGGUUGUAAUGACUUUUCAGCCUUUCUAUAAAAUUAGUCUGUACAACUAACAACGGAGUGAUCCCUUGGCGCAUGAGAAUCUCGAGGGAUUGAAAGAGGGAAUGAACCGUAAUACAGUACAGCAAUGCCAUGGACAGUGACUUGGGAAGAUCCCGUUCAGGGUGCACUUGUUUGCUUUAUUUCAUCAUAAGGUAUUGAUCCAAUUUAUGAUGGAGUGGCUUGGAUUUUCCUGUUUGCUGCUCGGUCUGUUACUCCGGCGAAGUAACACACAAAACGUUGUGCCUGACGCAGCUCUGAACUGUUGUGAGGGGGACAUCCUGCUCCUGUUGGAUUCUUCAGGAAGUGUGUCAUCCUAUGAGUUCUCUCGCCUGCUGCUCUUCCUGUCUGAGCUGCUCCUCCCCUUCUCACUGGGGCAGGGCCAGGUGAGGGUGGGGCUGCUGCAGGUGGGCACUGAGCCACACCUGGAGUUUGGUCUGGACGCCCACAGCACCCAGCCUGGCCUUCAGGGGGCACUGCAGAGGACCAGGCAGCUCCAAGGGGACACCAACACUGAGGCUGCCCUCAUACUGGCACAGGGGCUGCUAGCCAGGGCUGGAGCUGGGGGUGAAACAAAGCUCCCUAAGGUGCUGGUGUGGCUAACGGACGGGGUAGAGCCGGGCACGGUGGAUGGACCAAUGGCAGAGCUGAGAACGGCGGGCGUGUCCGUGCUGGCAGUCUCUACAGGACACGGGAACUACCAGGUGCUGCGGAGGGUGGUGACUCCGCCCAUCGAGUCCCACCUGUACUUUGUGGACAUCGAUGACAUCAGCAUCAUCACAGAGGACCUGAGGGAGGCCAUCAUUGAGCUGAUCCGUGCUGAGUGCCUGCGGGUGGUACAGGUGUCCUCGCACAGUGCCGUGCUGCAGUGGCGUCCUGUCCUCAGCGCCAACACAGGCUUCUACGAGGUCCGCUACAAUUCUGUGCUGCCAGGUGGCGGGAAGGGUCAGCCUGGUGGCGUGUCCAGCAGUGAGGGGCAGUACCACAGACGGACCCUCCCUGGGGAUGCCAGCUGGAUGGAGCUGAGCGGUCUGCAACCAGACACCAACUACACCGCCUCCCUCACCCCAAAGUCCAACCAGGACUACCUCAACACCCUCAGUGCCAACUUCACCACACUGCCCGAGGUGUUGAGCCCAGCGGUGGUCACAGUGUCAGACUCAGGUCCUGACAGGGUGCGAGUGAGCUGGGGUCCUCUGCAGCCUGAGCAGGUCCAGAGGUACCAGAUAGAGUAUGGAGCUCUACCCAGUGGACAGGUCCACAUGGUUAUGCUACACGGACAUCAGAAUACCACUCUGCUCACUGGUCUAGAGCAAGACACACAGUACCUGGUCACUAUCAGCGCCCUGUACUCCACUGGCAAAGAGAAGGCAGUGUCUGUCAAGGCCUGCACUCAGGAGGUGCUGCCUGCCCUGGCUGACCUCCAGCUGACCCCAGUGGGGCGUGAUGCGGUGCAGGUCCGGUGGCGAGGCCACGAGGAGGGUCUGAGGGGGUAUUGGCUCAGCUGGGAGAGGGGUGAGACCAAGAUCCCAUCCCGCCCUGCGUCCUCCUCCCUAUACCUGCCCCCUGGAUCCUUGUCCACGCUGCUCACACACCUGGCCCCCAGCACCCGAGUGUGUGUGUCCCCUGUCUACCGCACGGCCCGGGGAGAGGGGCUCUGCUGCACCACGCACACACAAACUGGUCUGAAACCGCGCGCACAGACACACACACACAGAUGCAGUAUUCUGGGGCUAUCAAUGAGACUUGCCUGCAGUCAGAGAGCUGAAGUGGAGGACAUUUUUGAAAUUUGAAGUGCUUUAUUGCCACGUCAAUGCUGUGGUACAAUGGAGUCACAGCUCUGUGUCGCUUCAAACCACUUGAUUAUCCAGUAUUCACACCCCUUUACUUUUUCCACAUUUUGUUGUGUUACAGCCCAAAUCUAAAAUGGAUUAAAUUGAGUUUUUUUGUCACUGGCCUACACACAAUACCACAUAAUACCACAUAAUGUUUUUCCAAAUUUGUACAAAUUAAUUACAAAUGAAAAGCUGAUAUGUCUUGAGUCAAUAAGUAUUCAACCCCUUUGUUAUGGC